AUGUCGGGGAAUGAAGAUGACAAAUACUUAAAAACUAGGCGUGCUUAUAAUGAAACUAAAAAAGCUUAUAUUGAGAGAAUUAGUAAAGAGAAGAUAAUAAAGUUCAUCCGUUGGACUGAGAUUGAUGAUAAAACAGAAUUUGUUGAUACUGGUGGUUCUGGAGUUAUUACAAGGGCAAAAUGGAUAGAAAAGAAUAUAACUGUUGUUUUGAAGGCAGUGGCAGUUUCUGAAGAAACAAAUUCAGAUAACGAUGAGUUUAUUAAAGAGAUUAAGGCUUUUCAUAAUAUUGGCCUAGUGGUUUCAAGUAUAACGAAUGAAGAAACAUCUCUCAAAGGAGAAAUUAAAGAAAAGGCUUCUCUCGUAGGAUAUGAAAAUGUAAUCAAAUUUUAUGGUGUAUCGAGGGAUGAAUCUGACGAUCUUUACCUGAUACUUGAGUACGCAAAUCACGGUAAUUUACGCUAUUUUUUAAGCCAAAAUACUUUAAAUUGGGAACAGAAGGUCAAUAUUGCAAGACAGGUUACCGGAGGCCUGUACUUUUUACAUAAAAAUGGGAUUUUACAUCGUGACUUACAUACUAAAAAUGUACUUAUCCAAAAGGAUGGAGAUGACAUUAGAGCUAUUAUUACGGAUUUUGGACUUGCAAAAGUUAUUCCUCGUAAUAGUGAAAAAUUGAAAGAUUCAUCAAAAAGUUGUAUUUCUGAUAUCGAUACUGGUCUAAUAACACCCAAUGAGAAAAUUGAGAAAGAAUCUAAUAAGACCAAUAACGAACAAAUUUUUAAUAAGAUGCUUGAAAUGUUUGGACUGCUUUCUACCAAAGAUCUUGAGAUGUUUGAACAACUUUCCGCUAAAGACCCUAGAUGCACCAGUCCUAUGGACCGAACUUCAUACGGUCCCGGUCCGGUCCUUAUAUAUUGUGAGCAGUUUGAUUGGUAUCACAGGACCGAAGAGAUGGUUCGUUUAGUUCAAGCUGCUGCUGCUUAUCAAAAAAAAGCUGCCAGUUCAGAAAAAAAUGGACAAUAA